GCUCAAAGAUGGAUGUCUUUGUAUUUGUUCUGUUUCAACUAAUCGGUUUUGCGUUUUGCACAGACUGCCCGGAUGGCUGGCUAGCGUUUGAAGGAUCUUGUUAUUUACUCGAGUUUGAUAGUGUCCACUUUACAGAAGCUGAGGAAUAUUGUAAACAACAUGGUGCAAAUUUAGUUCACGUUGAAACAAACGAAGAAAACAUGUUUCUUAAGGGAUUCAUUCAAAGCUACCUUAAAGAAGCUGAUUACUGGAUAGGAAUGACUGAUGAGAUCAUUGAAGGAGUUUGGAAAUGGUAUGGUAGCAAUACACCCAUAGAGUUUUCGGACUGGGGACCAACAGAACCCCAGGACGCUAACAUGGCCGAAGAUUGUGCUGUAUUCCAUCAUUCGUUGAAAUACCAAUGGGCUGAUGUCGGUUGUGCUACAAACAGGAAAGCCCUUUGCGAGAAAAGGAUUGAUGAUCAGACAAGCAUAGUUGGAUAACAUAUGGAACCAUCUUUCUGUUCUAGUCUCAACAUGCUUGAACAUUCUUGUACCCUAGAUUAGUGAAACAAAAUGAAACUUUCUUGUC